AGUCACUCCAGAGACGCAACUAUUAUACAUUAUCAAUGUUUUUUGUCAUAAACAUUCAGUCUGUUUUACAUAAUAAGGCCGUUCUGAACAAACUUCCGUUUGUGCUUUUACUUUAGCGGGCCAUACCGGAACUCUACGGACAGAUUUGAAACUUCUUACCGUUUAGCUCUCAGGAACGUCUAUCAAGCAGGUCAAAAGCUUCAGAUUUAAAAAUUUAACAUUUUCGCUCGUAAAAAUUUUCAGUUGUAGCCCUUCCUGUAACGACUCAACCUAAGGGAUCGCGCGAAUCCGAUGGCUAAAAGGACAAAAACAACACAGCAAAGUCAUCUGUCAUAUGGUCACUAGCUAAUGUAAUCUUGACCCAAGGAAAAUGGAGGGGUCAGCGGGUGGCCGGCGGUCGCUCACCUAGCUCGGUUCCCGGGGACAGAGGACGGUUCGACUACGGUCGAAACAUCGGGUACCGCGCUUCUCUCCUCGACCUUGACGACGUCAUGGAUUUGACGCGGUUGGCCGUGGACGCCAGCCAAUUCAUCAACCGCGCGGUCCAGUACACGGGGGAGAGUCUUGGCCAGGCCGACAAGACCGACUUAGAUCCCGACCUGGAGGAGCUCCUGAUCCGGGUGGAUGCCACCAAGACUUGGACGGACCUCAUCGUCUCACAGACAGAGGCCGUGUUGCAGCCCAGCACGGCGGCGCGACUGGAGGAGAGACUGUACGAGCAUCUGGACUGGCCUGCCCCGUCUCGACCUCGCGCUCAAGAGCUCCUGGGUGACCAGAUGAUUCAGGCUGGGCUGGAGAUGGGAACCAGCAGCCCUUACGGAACAUCACUACUGCGAUGCGGCGAGGCUCAGAAGCAGCUCGGCGAGGCCCAGAGGAAGUUUGCCCAGAGCGCAACCAUCCAUUUUCUCAGCCCUCUGCGACGCUUUGGCGUGUGUGAAUACAAAACCAUGCAGGAGGAGCGCAGGAUGUUGCUGAGCAAGCGUCUGGACUUGGACGUUGCCAAGAGCCGACUGAGGAGCGCUCAUGAGGCCGAACAAGAGUCCAGGAACCUGGACGCAAACCCCGUGGAGGACGACUACUUCUCGUCUCACGUGUCCUACAUGUUCCGAUUCAUGCGCGUUCGUUGGAUGAAGAUGUGGGCGCAGGAGAUCUCGCAAGCCGAAACGGAGCUGAGGAUCUCCGAGUCUUUGUUCCAUCGGCAAUCGGAAGUCACGCGACAGCUUCUGGGAGAAAUUAGCAACACCCACCACAACCACAUGCAGAGGCUGAGUGACUUUGUGGACGCGCAGACGUGUUACUACGCCCAAUGCAAGCAACACGCCCUGGAGCUCCACAAACAGCUGGCCAGCGUACCGGCCGUGUUGUGCUCCAACAAGUGGCAGUCGUCAAUCACCAACGGGGCACCUCCCUGUCAGCAUCCUUCUGCUGAGGAAAAUCAAGUUUCUUCCGCCUCCGCCGUCGCUGUCGUCCACCACCUUCCGGAAUUCGACCAGGACUCUUGGACGAUGGGAGUGAGCGCUAACAAUAACAACGAACAGAUCCCUGGUCAUGCUUGUCCAUCAGAACAUGAACAUCCUCCAUCUUCUGAACCCGCGUCUUCCGACUAAUUCACGAGUCUCCCCCGCAUCAUGGCCAAACAAGUGCAGGUGAAAACCCACAAAGUUAGUUACAUUUAAAAUUGAAGUCAUCAGUGACAUCACCAGUUAGUUUUCAAGUGUCGUCAUCGAGUAACUAAGUUACUCUUUCAAGGUAACUGUGGCAAGACUGCGGUACAGUGCGCGCACAGGUUCGAAUACUUUCGAUCCUCCUUUUGGCUUGUGUAUGUGUACCUAAUGAACUGUCUGAAUUCUACCCCAAAA